ACUUUUAUGCUUCUAAAUCACAUUUGGGUCACGUCAACGUCACUAAAUAAUAAAAUACGGAUAAAAAACUGCAGCGACAAAAUAUACUGACUGCUGGAAAUUUCGAAUUGUUUUUUUUAAACCAAGUCAAAAAUUGUGGAAUGAAGAGACGUAAAACCUCCGCAACCACGGAAAGAACACUGCGCAAAGUCAGGGCCAAAGUCCCUGCUGUGACGACCACUGCCACCGCGGGUGGCACUCAAUCAUCGGACAAGACAAAAAUGGCGACGAAAAAUUGUCCUCAGUGCAGCAAGCAGGUUCCUGUUGCAUGCAAGAAAUGCGGGUGUGGCCACGUCUUUUUUGCCACGAGAAGAAGUGCAACAUCCACAAAUCGUGAGAAUAGUGAGGAGGCUGACGACAUGCCAAUCUCGCCAACAGAGUCGCAAUCCGAAUUAAAGCCAACGAGAAGGUCGGGACGGGUGACGAGGGAGAGGCCCAAUUUUUAUGAUGCUCUUCAGUAUGAGAAUCAAACUAGGAGGCAAAAGCAGCUCCUAAGGCAAUCGAAGCAGGGUAAAUCUGAAGACCAGGAAGAUGGGUCGGACGAUGGCGACUUGAAACCACAAUCAAUUCGCACUCAACUAAGUCAUGACAAGUCGAUAAAGGAGGGGAAAACGGGAGAGCCAAAGAAGCGCAGAGGUCGCCCACCAGGAAUUACUGGUCGCAAGCCUAACCAGGGUUAUAAAAUCACGUCUACUACACCGGCAGGGAAAGGUGUGAAGCCUUCCGGGGUAGGAAAUGAGAAGGGUCCUGACUCUCCAAACAGCGAUGCGGCACGUGAAGCAGCCGAUAAAGCUUUAAUAUUGAGCAUUUCUCCGGAAAAGGCUUUACAAUUUCACAUUGUGCUUCAGGACAUUAACAGCAAGAUUGGCAGGGUUGGUUGGAGGGCACAAGAAUAGAGAGGUAACAUGAGACCCAAUUUACGGAUAAAAUCAACCUGCCUUUCGAAUCACAAGACUGUGGUAUGUUGUUCUCUAAUCAACAUAACCAUUUUAAAUAAUUGUCAAAUAAUUAUUGUUAUUUUCUCUGGAGGUUCAGUACAGAUCUGUCAGAUAUGUAUUUGUAUGAAUAUAAUGUAAUAUCUCACCUCAAGAGGCCUUUAAGCAUUUCACCACGUGUAGCUAAUAUUGGUCGAUAUAUACCUCGUGAUUAUAAUAUCACAUCAAGUCAUUGGCAUAAUUUGAUAACAAAAUGAUCUAACAUUCCGUAUUUUGAGAUUCACAAUGUUAUACUUGUUUUUUGUACUUUUUCGUUCAUUCUCUUGUACUGUUAAUCAGAGAAUUAUUACAUAUAUGACCAGGUAACUACUAGGCUAGACUAGAAAUAUAUUGUUACAAUUUUCAUCGACAGCAAAUUAUGAAAGCAUUAUUUUUUCAAGCCGCACACAGCUUAUGGAAUAUGACACAUUACAAUAUAAUGAAUUAUAUACAGAUUUCAUAGCAUUAAUUUAUGAAAAGGUGUAUCAUGAAUUUUCUCAACAUGUAACUUUAAUAACGGAUGUUUAGAAUGUUGAAUAAAUUGGAAGAGGAGUCGAGACACGAGUAAUAAUUUAA